UAAGAAAAAGAGAAAAUGCAGAGGAGUGCGCCUUCUAUGGUUUCUUGUGUUCGUAGCUACCUGAACCCUCCCGCGGUCCUCGCAUCACCGUCCCAUUCCAAAGCCAUGGAAGCACUCGCAGAUCGCGACGUCGACGACGGCGGCGACGCGCCGACGCUCAGCUCCCAAGCCCUCGCGGCACUCCAGGAAUUCCUCCGCGAGCAGAGCCAGUCGCCGGUGGACCAGUCGGAGGUGGCCCUGGUGACGGAGGACUGGAGGCUGAGCCAGUUCUGGUACGACCGCGAGACGGCCGAGGCCGUCGCCAACGAAGUCCUCGCGCUCUGUUCGGGUUCUCCCUCUCGCGUUGCCUGCAUCGCUUGCCCCACGCUAUACGCUUAUCUCAAGAGAAUUGAUCCCAGUGUCUCUGUGCAACUGCUUGAGUACGACAAACGUUUUGAACAAUACGGAAGUGACUUCACUUUUUAUGACUACAACCAACCAGAAGAGUUGCCAACUGAAAUGAAGGAUGCUUUCCAAGUUAUUGUCGCAGAUCCUCCAUACCUGAGUGGGGAGUGCUUAGAGAAAGUUGCUCAAACCAUAUCUUUCCUCUCGCAGUCGAACGCUUACUUGCUGUUACUUACAGGAGAAGUUCAAAAAGAUAGAGCUGCAGAACUUCUUGGUUUGCAUCCAUGCAUAUUCCGGCCUAAGCAUUCCAGCAAGCUUGGGAAUGAGUUUCGCCUAUUCACUAACUAUGAUCCAGGGACUCGAUUGGGAGGAUGGGAGCAAGAGAAAUAGAUAACGCAUCUUUUGACGUGAAUUUUGUUGGUUAGUGUUGUUUUUCAUGUCAAAAGGGAUGUCAUAAGCUUGCCAGUUUGCCCGGAGGCAUGACCCUAUAAUCAAGUACGACAUAGUAUUUGCAUUUUUUCUGCAAA